CUCGAGCAUUCUGAUCUUUCGACAAUGAUCAAGUCUGACGAUGGCAGUGUUCUCCCCGAGUCUGCAUGGGGCCAGUGGGGUAAAUUGUUUGAUGCGGCGGGCAAGAAAAUUGGGAAGAUCAUGGCGAUGGCUGACAAUGGCCUGAUGGAGAAGGCGAUGAGGGAUGCCGGCUUUAUAAACGUCGAAGUAAAGAAUUUCAAGAUGCCUACCUCGCCCUGGCCAAAGGACCCGAAGCAAAAGGAAAUUGGCCUCUAUUAUUACGCGGCGAUCUCGUCCGAUGUUGAAGGUGUCAUGCAGUAUAUGUUCGCAAAUGUAUUGGGAUGGACACAGGAGCAGAUCGCGGUAUUUGCUGCUUAUGCGCGCAGAGAAUUGAAAGAUAUGAGCAUACACGGAUAUGUAAGGUGGAAGGUGGCGUACGGUCAAAAGCCGGAGUAG